AUGCCUUCUAUAUCUUCGCCGGGCAAAAUCCACCGAAUCGAGCUCGAAAACUUCAAGUCGUACAAAGGCCUUCAAACCAUCGGUCCAUUCUACGACUUCACCGCCAUCAUCGGUCCCAAUGGCGCCGGUAAGUCUAAUCUCAUGGAUGCUAUCAGUUUCGUGCUCGGCGUCCGAACCGGCCAGCUGAGAGGCGCUCAGUUGAAAGAUUUAAUUUAUGCCUUCGACGACCGCGAAAAAGAGCAGAAGGGUCGAAGAGCCUUCGUGAAAUUGGUGUAUCAGUUGGGUAAUGGGACUGAGAUUCACUUUACGCGUGCGAUUACGAGUGCUGGUGCUGGCGAGUAUCGGAUUGAUGGGAGACAGGUGACUUGGGAUGAGUAUAGCGCGAAAUUGAAGUCGCUCGGAAUUCUCGUCAAAGCGCGCAAUUUUCUCGUUUUUCAGGGUGACGUGGAGUCAAUUGCAUCUAAAAAUCCAAAAGAACUUACUGCCCUUCUCGAGCAAAUCUCUGGGUCCGAUGAAUACAAAAGAGAAUAUGAAGAACUGGAAGAGAAAAAAGCAAGAGCCGAAGAGGAAUCAGCACUCGCUUAUCAGAAAAAGAGAACCAUAGUGAUGGAGAGAAAGCAGAAGAAGGAACAGAAAGAAGAGGCUGAAAAACAUAUUCGCCUGCAAGAUCAACUGGAUAUUGCGAAGGUUAAUGAGGACAUUGAAGCUGAACAGAGAAGCCAGGAAGAAAUUGUGCACGACCUGGAGAAUUAUGAGAGUGAAGCAAGCAAAAAGAAGAAAGAACAAGUCAAGUAUUUAAAAGAGAUUGCACAGUGUGAAAAGAAGAUUGCAGAGAAAAAGAAUAAACUUGAUAAGAAUCAACCUGAGCUCCUAAAACUAAAGGAGGAGGUAUCUCGCAUAACUUCAAAAAUCAAAAGUACUUCAAAAGAUCUUGAUAAAAAGAAAGUAGAAAAGAGGAAGCAUGCAGAUGAAAUAAAAAAGCUUCAGAAUGACUUGCGGGAUCUCACUAAGCAACUGGAGGACUUGCAUGAACAAGGUCAAGACGGUGGUGAAAAACUUCAGUUGGCUGACAGCGAGUUAGAGACAUAUUUCCGAAUUAAAGAGGAGGCUGGAAUGAAAACUGCAAAGUUAAGGGAUGAGAAAGAGGUCCAAGAUAGGCAACAACAUGCUGAUAUUGAAGCUCAAAAGAAUCUGGAAGAAAAUCUUCAACAGUUGGAAAAUCGGAAGCAAGAGUUGGAGUCACAGGAGAAACAAAUGCAAACUAGACUAAAGAAGAUACUUGAUGCUGUUGGGAAACAUAAGGAAAACUCAUACGAGUGA